AUGCAGUUGAAUCAUGAGAAAAAGUCCGAUAAGGAAUUGCAAGAUACUGAAAGCAAGAAGGGUCUGACGAAAAAGAACAGGAAAUACGCGGAUAUACCAGGUGAUACAAAUAGACCGCGUCUUUAUCUGUGUUCGAAAACAUGCGACUCUGAUAACAUCAAUGCGAUAUACAUCAACAGUUUAAAAACAAAACGCCGCAUCUUGGUUGCACAAACACCUCUGCCGGACACAGCUGCUGAUUUCAUUGCACUUGCUGUUCAAGAAAACUGUUCCUGUAUCGUGAGUAUUGAGGCACACUUGGAAAAACGUAAGGGUAUUGGCUUUUACUUUUCUGGUGAUGAUCAGACAAUAGAGAUGGGCAUGGUCACGGUGGAAAACCCACGUGACUUAUUUGGUAAAGUAACGCUGAAUCUUGUAUUUGGUUCAGUCUGA